CACUGCAAGACACUGGACGCGGCGUCAAGGCUUCUAUUCUUUUUUUUAGAGUUGGUUGAUCGUUUGAAUUCCAUUGACAUCAAAACCUUAAUUAUUGCACAGCGGGGUGACAACAAGCCGCAGAAAACAUCCAAGAGCUUCCUCCUUUGGUAAACAUCACAGAGACAUUUCCUAUUGAUACAGUCUUGAGAUAAUGGAUUAACCACACACUCGCGGUGUUAAUGGAAAAACAAACUUUUUUUUGGCCAAAGCUCCUUUCGUAGCGGACUGCGUGAUGACGAUGAUGAUGAUUAUGUUGAAGUCUGAUUUUGAUGCACCACUCAUAUCUUCAUAAGUCAAUUUUUUUUAGAUUAGUAACUGUAGGCACUUCUCAGCUACCGACCGGCCUAUAUGGACAGCAACAAGUAAGGUAAACACAGCACUGCAGAAGAGCGAUCACUACUCCGGCAUAUAUGGUUUGGGGAAUGGCCGCAGCCACCUCCAGUCCAUACCUCACCAGUAACAGGAUCCUGUCGUCCGGCUCCCUAAUCCACUCCGACAGAAGGGGAGGCAUGCAGCCCGGAAACACAGCGGUCACCUCGGUUUCCGGUGGCUACAGAGGGGACCCCUCCAUCAAAAUGGUACAGAGCGACUUCAUGCAGGGCGCCAUGGCAACCAGCAACGGGGGGCACAUGCUGAGCCAUGCCCACCAGUGGGUGACAUCGCUUCCCCACGCGGCAGCCGCAGCCGCCGCAGCCGCGGUGGCCGCGGCCGAGGCCGUCUCCCCCUGGUCAUCCAGUCCUCAGCCGCAGGACGUCAAGAGGAACACGGGCAGGGAGGACCUGCACCCAGGCUCUGCGCUCCACCACAGGUCUCCCCACCUGGGAGCUCACCAGGCGCACCCGGGGGCUGGCUGGGGCGGCGCGGCGUCCUCGGCGCACAUCAGCAUCUCCGAGGGACAGCAGCAGCAGCAGCAGCAGCAGUCCCUGCUCUACUCCCAGCCCGGAGGGUUCACCGUGAACGGGAUGCUGGGCUCACAGGGGGGCCAGAGCCUGAUGCACCCAGGACUCGUGCGCGGGGAAUCCCCGGAGCUCGACCACGGAGGACACCACCAUCACCACCACCACCACAGUCACCACGUGCACCAUCACCCGUCGCACCACGAGGUGAGCCACGACCCGCACUCGGACGAAGACACCCCCACGUCAGACGACUUGGAGCAUUUUGCCAAGCAGUUCAAGCAGCGGCGGAUCAAGCUGGGCUUUACCCAGGCGGACGUCGGCUUGGCGCUGGGGACCUUGUACGGAAACGUCUUCUCGCAGACCACCAUAUGCAGGUUCGAGGCGCUUCAGUUGAGCUUUAAGAACAUGUGCAAGCUCAAACCCCUUCUCAAUAAGUGGCUGGAGGAGGCAGAUUCCACGACGGGAAGCCCGACGAGCAUCGAUAAGAUUGCAGCCCAGGGAAGGAAGAGGAAAAAGCGCACCUCGAUCGAGGUGAGCGUAAAAGGUGCGUUGGAGAGCCACUUUCUGAAGUCUCCGAAGCCCUCUGCGCAGGAGAUCACCUCCCUGGCUGACACUUUGCAGCUGGAGAAAGAGGUGGUAAGGGUGUGGUUCUGCAACCGCAGGCAGAAAGAGAAGCGAAUGACGCCGCCUGGACUUCCACACACACCGGAGGACGCGUAUUCACAGGUGGGAUCCAUGAGCGCAGACACGCCACCCCCGUCGCUGGACUGUAAGAGAAUGUACAGCGACACGUGAACCCAAGGACCCCCCCCCCCGAGCACAGCCACA